AUGUUCGUCCUCCUUGCUUUCCACGGUAGAAAUCCAGCUCGAGAGAUCAGAGUUGUUGAUUGUCUCGUCGAAAGUGGUCUCGUUCGACAUGAACACGGUUGCUGUACCGUCGCUGCCGAAAAUGACACCGCCCAUCAUCACCGAGUCCACACGCUCGAUGUAUCCUUCGUUGGCCAGACCCGUGUAAAUGUCGUCUGUUCCUUGGAAAUCGUGGAUCGUGGAGUAGAAAUGCGUCGAUUCGGUCGUGUUGAGGAUCUCAAAGAUAUCAAACUCUCCUCCGCCGGAAGCCCAAGCCGAACAGUUGGAGUUGGUAGCAUACUGCGCAGUACGUGGGAUGUGCGCGUUCAAAAGCCAGAUGGCUGGCAUGUUGUAGUUUUCCACGUCCUUGUUGUCGGAGUCGUCCUGUGGAGCCAAAAAUUGGAACAGGAACAUCUUGGUUGUACCGUAGUAUCCAUGGAAAGCAGGAAUACCGUCUCUGUAAACACCACAGUCCUUGCCGAAGCCGGACUUUCCGCACGAGACGUUCGACAUGAUCACAAACUCGUCUCCGGAUUGGAUGGUGACGUUGCUGAGCACCGUGCUCUCUGUAGCCUGAGAAACACCGUCAGAGUCGAUAUAAUCUAG